GUGCAGCGGUGCACUGAAAAUUUUUACCUUUGCUCCGAAACUUCGGUGGGAUCAUACAGUUUAGUUGGGGUUCGGCAUGCCUGGCACACUUGUAUAGAUCAUUGUGUAGGGCAACUCGUGUCGACUGCAAGGAGAUGGACGGUCCACUGACACUGUUGGUCACUUGGGCUUGGAUCCGGCUACCAUUUCUAGCGCCUAUUCCCGGCAAUCCCCGAGUGUUUCCAAUUGCAAACAGGUGGCAUAACUGGGACCGUCAAAACUAUGCCUACCGAUAUAAAACGCUUGCGCACUACAGGAGGUUGUUGGAUGAUCUACAAGAAGGACAGUUUGUUUGGCAGGCUUAUGGCAUUGGAUACAUCGACCCAGACGUAAUUCCUUUAGCCAUCCGUCAUAAUUCGGUUAUCUGGAGUGCCACAGUGCCACUUAUAUCUUUUGAAUGCAUCGAGUGGCAUGCAACUGAUAGAGUCAGGAGGCAAUUUGGAUUGACACAGGGUGUUCCUAAUCAAGAGCGGGAUCUAGGUGCAUCACACGGCGAAGUUCUAACUGGGCCUAAGAAUCAAGAUUGGGCCGAUACCCACUCUCAUUGCUUGUAUCGCCUCGGGCGACGCAACAUACGAGUGUCCAUCUCAUUCAAGAAGCAGGUCAUCUUUGGCCGACCUUUGGCUACCCGUCUGAGAAACGGGUUUCCAACGAAUCUAGGUCCAUGA